AUGGAGCAAGACUGUGGGAAUGUGGGAAUGGAAACCACAGAAAGCAAAACCAUGGAUAAGGAGGGACUACUGUAUUAUAAAGGUAAAGAGGGCUUUUGGCAGAGGCAUGCCUUCGGCCUCCACCACAAGAAGGUGCAGGAAGAUACCAUCUGCUCCAUCUGCCUGCACCUGGUGACGGAGCCCGUGAUCAUCAGCUGCAGCCACAGCUACUGCCGGGCCUGCCUCCUGCGCUUAAUGGGCCCGCCAUCCCCCCAACGGAGACAGCAACACAGGGAGACCUUCUCCUGCCCCCAGUGCGCUUCUCCCUUCCAGAGAGGCAGCCUGUGGCCCAACUGGCAGCUGGGCACCCUCUGGAAGCAGGAGCAGGAGCUGUCCUGCUAGGAGCACGGGGAGCAGCUGCACCUCUUCUGCGAGGACGAAGGCCAGCUCAUCUGCUCGGGCUGCGAGCGCCAUGGUCGGCACAAGGGCCACAAUACAGCGCUCGUGGAGGACGCGGGCGCUGGGUACAGAGAAAAGCUCCAGGAGGCAGUGAGGAAACCGAGGCGACAGGAAGAGGAAUGCACGAACCAGAGAGCCUUCACUGCGAAGCAGAUAGCCGAGUGGGAGGAGAAGGUAGAGGCUCAGGGACAGAAAAUCCAGGCGGACUUCCAGAAGCUGCGCAGCUUCCUGAGGGAGGAGGAGAGGUCGUACCUGUGGAGCCUGGAGAGCGAAAAAGAGCGCACUCUGCAGAGACUGAGGGACAGUGAGGCCCACCUGGGGCAGCAGAGCCGCCAGCUCCAGAGCCACAUCCCGGAGCUGGAGGAGCGAUGCCAGGGCUCCGCCCAGAAGGUGCAGCAGGGCGUGAAGGGCGCCCUGAUCUGGAGCCAGGCUGUGCAGCUGGAGACAUCGGUGGCCCUGUCCUUGGAGAUUCAGACGGAAUACAAGGUCCCUGAGCUGUGCUUUGACCAGAGGAAACGGUUGAGCAGCCAUCAAGGACCCCGCGAGGAUGGUCUCCCUCUGUCCGUAUUGGUUUGGGAUUUCUUGGACCAUCUGACAGAGCAGCCUGGCAGUUGUGAAACUGACAUGGAGCAGUUUGCCGAGACCCUGAGUGGCCGGGUCACCACGGACAAGGCUUUGCAAGAACCUGUGGACCUCAUCUAUCAACAGGCCACGUCCGUGCCCAAGCUCUGCUGCGUGGGAGCUCGCCUGUGUGAUUACCUGUCCCGUCACCUGAACGUUCGCUCACAGAGGGGCAGCUUCCGCCAAGUGCUCCUUCAAAGAUGUCAGACUGAUUAUGAGCCUAGAUAUCAAGCCGCCAAGGGGGAUGAAGCAGCUCGGAAACAAUUCCAUGAAUUCGUGCUCUUUCUGGGAGAAUUUUAUCUUCCGCUGGAGAUCGAAGGGGCAAAUACAGGUGUUCGAGUAGUUGCUCUUCGGGGGUUGUUGGAUGCCCUCCUUUCUCACCCUGUGGUCGAUAAUUUAAUUUGUGCAGUAGAAUUCCUGAAGCUGACAGGGCCCGCCUUGGAAGAUGCCUGGAAGGGAAGAGGAAGGACGGACAUGGACGAAGUUAUCCAGAGGACUGAAAACGUCGCCCUGGACGUGCCCUGCAGUGAAGACGUGAGGCAGAUGCUCUUGGAGCUUGUAGAGCUCCGGUCAAGACACUGGGGGAGAGGCCAUGUCACCUCAGCAUUCAAGGAAGCAGCACCUGAGAAUGAUCCCAACUGUUCUGUGACUGAACCACCAUUGGGUCCAGGGGAUGGUGUUCCUCUCCCUGCAGCUGAUCCCGAUGACCAGGAUUCAUCUCAGGAGUGA